AUGGAAAAGCGUACCCGGCGCCUCGGCCACAAGAAGUCGAGGAACGGGUGUCAGCGGUGCAAAGCUCGCCGUGUCAAGGUACGAAGGCCCCACGACCCCCGUCAUGACGCCGUGCUCCCCAAACUCACGUCUCUGGACCACCCGCAGUGCGACGAGGGCCGGCCGUGUCAAAAGUGCGUGGCCCACGGCGCCCACUGCAGCCUCCUCGAUCAUCCCGCACCACCAUUGACGGUGCCGGCCGCGCCACCAGCACCCUCCAAGCCUCCGGAGCCUGCCCCUGUUCGCCCGGCCACAUCAUCCCCGUAUCUUCCAGAGUCGGCGCCCGAUCCGCCCAGCCCAUUGGCUGUUGCGGAUCCCUGGGACCUCUCGGAUCAUUGGAUGAUGAGCCUACGCCUCAUGCACCACUAUAGCACCAACACCCGGCACAUCUUACCACAAGAUGCAGGCACGGAAGAGUUGUGGAAGACCACUGUCCCCGAGAUGGCUUGCUCGCAUAAAUUCCUCAUGCAUGGCCUGCUGGCCCUCGCAGCCCUGCACUACGCCCACGACCACUCCGAGGAGCGGAAGAAAUGGGACAUCAUCUCGGUGUACCACCAGAACAUGGCGCUGCGCUUCUUCGCCCUCCGCCUCACCGACAUCAACAAGGACAACUGCGAGGCCUACUUCCUCCUGGCCACCCUCAUCUUCAUCGUCAGCAUCUGCUCUGUCGCCCACAGCGACAGCCUGGGCCGGACCGCCUCGCUCGACGACAUCGCGCAGUCCUUCAUGCUCCUCCACGGCGUCAAGGGCAUCCUCAACUUCCAGCCCAUCGAGGCCUGGCAGGAGCGCGGCGGGCCCCUGGCGCUGCUGCUGCGCCCCCCCGUGCUGCCGCCGGGCCGGAGCUGGUCGUCGUCGCCGUUCCAGCGCCGCCUCGACGCCGUCACCGCCCUGGCGCGGGAGGUCCCUGCGUCCUUCGAGGCCGUCAUCAACCCGCAGUCCGUCUGCGUGCUGGCGCUCGAGUCCCUGCGGCGGACGCACCUCAUAUGCAAGAGCGAGCUGGGCAGGUCGAACAGCACCUGGAAGUGGUCGUCGGCGCUGCCGGCGCUGUUCGUUGAGAUGAUCAGCAACCGCCACCCGACGGCGCUCGUCAUCCUCGCCCACUUCGCCGCGCUGGCGUGGCCCCGCGAGAAGGCCGACUGGACGUCGGACGGGUGGUGCGCCGCCGUGGUGCGCCUCGUGGACGGGGCCCUGGACGACAGUUGGCGGUCAUGGAUAGAGUGGCCGAAGCGGAGCGUGACGGAGAGGAUCGAGGUUGACGAUAUGGAUGUUUAA